CAUUCGCGCGCGCUGAGCGGUCGGGUCAUCGAUCCCUCUUCCGUCCAAUACCUUCCCCGGCUCAGCAGCUUCCUUAUCCCUGGUUCUUCCUUAUCCCCGCUCAAGGAUCGAUUCGUCUUGUAUUCCUAGUCGAACUACUGAAGGAAAUCGCCCUACACUGCUGUUAUUAUGGUCAAGGAUACACCGGUUUACCCAAUUCCCUCUGUGGACCGCCAGCGAAAACGAAGGCUGCAGUUUGAUGAAACGCCUCCACAAUCCCCUGACUUGGACGAGGCCGCCAAUUCGCUAUUGCUGGACGAUAAUCUCCCGCUAUAUGCUAGGACUAUAAUCGGAUACUUGCUGGAAAGCCGCAAACAAAUGGAGUCGAUUGUCAGAAGCAAUCAUCAAAAAACCAGUCGGAAGCCGAACCAACUUCUGUGGAUCAAAUCGGAACAAAUCUUCCGAGUCAAACCGACGUGGAUCAAAUCGGAUGGCAGGAACAAGAAAGAAGACGAUCGUUGGUACUGGCUGGAAUUCCGGAAUAUCGUGGUGGACCAAGCAGCGUAAGAGUUAAUCAUGAUUCGAAUUGCGUUUGUCAGAUUUUCGAUUUUUUGAAUAUUGAUUGUGCCCCCAUUGCAAUUUACCGCAUGGGGAGACCUAGUUUUUCGCGGGAUAGAUUGCUUAAAGUAGUAAUGCCUUCAACUUUUUUUGUUGGACUAACACUUAAGAGAGCCUAUCUGAUGAAGAAAUUUCCUUACAAAAAAGGCAUAUUCAUUAGGGC